AAUUUGAUUUUGUAUGGUAAAUAUAGAAAUAUGUUUAAUAUUGUAAGUGGUGCAUGUUGCGCAAUUAAACUGCAAAUCAAUUACACAAUUCCCCCAAUCGCGUGUACCAUAGACGUCACAUCCCUUUCACGCAACAACAACUCGUUGGCCUUCUUAUUAUAGCUCAGUGUAGCUAGCACACAUAUCUGGCAGACGGCUAGCUAGUUUGCUCAACUUGUUUAAUUAAAGUGAUGUCAGUAGCUAGUUACCUAGCUAGUCGUUUGGCUGACCAUUUUACAUUAUGUACAGGAAGUUCACCCCGUAGCUACAUCAUCCAUUAGCGGUUUGCGUUCUGUCAGCCACCGAAUUAGACAUUUUUACGUAGUGUAUUGCUGCAGUCCGCUGUCCACGUUGGAUAUAUUUCGUAAUUCCAGUGUACUUUGACGAGCUGUCUCGGCUAACGCAAAGAGCAUCUCGCCUCUUCCUCUCUGGCUGUUACAGACUAGUGGCAAGAUAAUUUCCGUCGUGACAAUCGCAGCUGCUUGUUGUGUGCAAGCUGCUAACACAAGUCAUUUAGCGGUACGGUAGCGUUGUUGGAGCAAGAAACUAAAUAGAGGAACCAGAUUUUCUUUGUACUUCGUAUUUGUUCCUUGCCAAACUAAUCUGUAUUUUUUUCAACAGCUGUUUUUAUGUUAUUCGCUUAGCUAAAUUCUGCCACCGCAUCAAAUGAGUAAAUAAACAGACUCACCAAUUCCAUUGACAUUUUUAUCUCUGCAAGGAUGUCUAAACGAUUAAGGAAUAGUGAGCUAUGCGCUGAUUGCAGUGUGCCAGAGCCUCGCUGGGCUUCUGUGAACAGGGGCGUGUUGAUCUGCGACGAGUGCUGUAGUGUUCAUCGGAGUCUGGGCAGACACAGCUCCCAAGUGCGUCACCUGACUCACACACCAUGGGCUCCUACACAGCUACAGAUGGUUCAGAUGUUAUACAACAACAGUGCAAAUUCGAUAUGGGAACACUCUCUACUGGACCCAGCGUCGGUGAUGAGUGGGAAACGCAAGGCCAACCCUCAGGACAAAGUACAUCCAAAUAAGACAGAGUUCAUAAAGGCCAAAUACCAAAUGCUGUCUUUUGUCCACCGGAUGCCUUGUCGAGAUGACGACAGCUUCACUGCCAAGGACUUAAGCAAGCAACUUCACUCCAGUGUCCGAACUGGUAACCUGGAGACAUGUCUGAGGUUACUCUCUCUGGGAGCCCAGGCCAACUUCUUUCACCCAGAAAAAGGGAAUACGCCGCUGCAUGUGGCUGCCAAGGCAGGCCAGGUGUUUCAGGCCGAGCUGCUGACAGUCUACGGGGCUGACCCCGGCGCCCCCGACACCAGCGCCAAGACUCCCAUUGACUAUGCAAGGCAAGCUGGCUACCAUGACCUGGCUGAUAGGCUGGUGGAGAUUCAGUAUGAACUUACUGACAGACUGGCUUUCUAUCUCUGUGGGAGAAAGCCUGAUCAUAAAAAUGGCCAACACUUCAUCGUCCCACAGAUGGCCGACAGCAGUUUAGAUUUAUCAGAACUGGCAAAGGCAGCAAAGAAGAAACUCCAGUCUCUCAGUAAUCAUUUGUUUGAGGAGCUGGCGAUGGACGUGUAUGACGAGGUGGACAGACGGGAGACGGAUGCAGUAUGGCUGGUGACACAGAACCACAGCACGCUGGUGACAGACACCACCGUGGUGCCUUUCCUUCCUGUGAACCCAGAGUACUCAUCAACACGAAACCAGGGACGGCAAAAACUUGCGAGAUUCAAUGCACAUGAAUUUGCAACCCUUGUCAUCGACAUAUUAAGUGACGCAAAACGUCGACAGCUGGGGAACUCUACGACGAGUCCCAAAGAAAACGUUGAACUUAUCCUAAAAAGCGUGAGCAUCCAGCGCGGCAGUGAGGGUCUGGACAAUGACCAGCCGGAUUAUGACAGCGUGGCCUCUGACGAGGACACGGAUCAGGAGCCACCCUCGGGCAAGGACCGGACCAAGAGUCUGGACUCGGACCUGUCAGACGGGCCUGUCACGGUGCAGGAGUUCCUGGAGGUGAAGCACGCCCUGUCGGCCUCGGAGGCCAAGAUCAAGCAGCUGAUGAAGGUCAACAGCAACUUAAGCGGCGAACUGCGACUGAUGCAGAAAAAGCUGCAUUCUCUGCAAAGCGAGAACACGUCUCUCAGGCGACAGGGCCCAACCACCCAUAUCUAUCAGGUCCCCAUCAGCAGCGGGUCAGAGUACACUGACCCUCCUUCCUCCAGCCCCUCGGCCAUGAAGCGCCGGCAGUCAGCGCGGGCCAGCCGGCCCAUGUCCAUGUCUAUUUAUGAGACUGGCUCGGGCCUGAAGCCCUACCUCCCCAAGGGGGAGACCCCCUACCCAGAGGAGGGUAUCCCCACCCUGCAACCCUUCCUCCCACCUCAUAUGGGAAGGGGUGCUUUUGUGACCUCUUCAUCCCUCCCCUCCUUCCCAUCCACCCUGUCCUGGUCACGGGACGAAAGUGCUCAAAGGGCCUCCAAGAUGGAGAAACAGAGCAGCAUGUCAGACGGUGACUAUGACAACACAACCAAUGACUCUGAGUUGGAGGACUCAGGUGUGGGCAGGAGGGGGAGGCUGAGGAGCAGUGGUUGGCUUGGGGAGGGCAGCUCCAUCCCUGAACUGGAUGAUCUUGAAGCCGAGCCAGACUCUGCGCUCCCCAGCACCGAGGAUGUCAUUCGCAAGACAGAGCAGAUCACCAAGAACAUCCAGGAUCUGCUCCGCGCUGCACAGGAGAACAAGCACGACAGACCUUGUGAGCGUGAGGGUGUCCGCCGGCUCAGGCACAGUCUAGGCUGUUUCAGCAGCCUGGUGCCCUGGGCCGAGAAGGCCCCCUCUCCCCUGCAGCCCCUCAACCUGCGCUCCCCCGAUCCUGCCGCCUGCUUUAUACCCUGCUCCGAAAGAAUAUAUGUGGCUGUGACGGAAAUGGCUGCCCUCUUUCCCAAGAGACCACGUUCGGAGACAGUGCGAGGUCCCCUGCGCCUGUUGACGUCCAGCGCCUUCCGGCUCCAGGGAGAGUGUCAGAAGGCAGUGCCCCCAGAGGGAGGUCCAGUGCCUGACAUGCAGCUGGUCACCCAGCAGGUUAUCCAGUGUGCCUAUGACAUCGCCAAGGCGGCCAAGCAGCUUGUCACCAUUACCACCAAGGAGAACAGCAACUGACCAUUAUCACCACUGCCGCCCGUCGCAGGCCUUUUAGAUAUCUGAAGGCCUGAAAUGUCUCCACGUAUUGUUCAUCCUUUAACUUUGUUGUAAAAAAAAAAUUAUCAUUUAUUUCCUGUUUUUAAUGUGUAUGUGAUAUUUGCAUGUCAUUUUUUAUUUAAAGACAAAUGUACGCAAUUAUAAAGAGUGUUGAAGUUAAAACAUUGGUACAAAAAGACAACUGAACUAGAGCUAUGGGAAAGUGUCCGGAGCUCUACUAACUGCAAGGGAAAGGCUGUACUAGUAGAUUUAUUUCUAUGGACUUGGUUUGUCGUGAGCUACUUCAGGAGUCUAGAGUACAGCCAGAUACUGACAAGAUGAUUGUGGAGAUCCUUCGUCGCUAAUGUGCAGUUUCUAAACCGCACUUCUUGAUAGUUUUUUUUUUGUGGUGCUAGAUAUGUCUUCCUCGCCCACAAAGAAGAAAUGUUUUACUCCCAACUAUCGCCUAUACCCUCCAUAAAAAAAGGCUUGUCAUCCACUUUGAUGCUCCUUAUCUGAACCAGGAGUCUCAAACUGGCGGUCCCCGGUCCAGCUUGCGGCCUGGAAGUGAAUUUAAGCAUCCCAUUAUAGUAUUGCACGUGGUUGAGAAUAUUGUGAAAGCUAUGAUUAAGCCAUAAUGCUGUUAUUAGUGAAUAACAUACGUUACACACAUUGGCGCUACGUAAUAUCAUUAUACUGUAACCAAGGGUUCCCCAACUGGUGGCCCGUGGGUGGUUUAAUUUCCCCCCCCCCCACUCCAGAAAAACCCUGGAAUGAGUCGUUGUGUCAACUUUUGACUGGUACUGUAUAUAAACUAAGCAAAAAAAUAAACGUCCUUUUUCAGGACCCGGUCUUUCAAAGAUAAUUUAUAAAAAUCCAAAUAACUUCACAGAUCUUCAAGGGUUUAAACACGGUUUCCCAUGCUUGUUCAAUGAACCAUAAACAAUUAACAUGCACCUGUGGAAUGGUCGUUAAGACACUAACAGCUUACAGACGGUAGGCAAUUAAGAUCACAGUUAUGAAAACUUAGGACACUAAAGAACCUUUCUACUGACUGAAAAACACCAAAAGAAAGAUGCCCAGGGUCCCUGCUCUCUGCGUGAACGUGCCUUAGGCAUGUUGCAAGGAGGCAUGAGGACUGCAAAUGUGGCCAGGGCAAUAAAUUGCAAUGUCUGUACUGUGAGACGCCUAAGACAGCGCUACAGGGAGACAGGAAGGACAGCUGAUCGUCCUCGCAGUGGCAGACCACGUGUAACAACACCUGCACAGGAUCGGUACAUCCAAACAUCACACCUGCGGGACAGGUACAGGAUGGUAACAACUGCCCGAGUUACACCAGGAAAGCACAAUCCCUCCAUCAGUGCUCAGACUGUCCGCAAUAGGCUGAGAGAGACUGGACUGAGGGCUUGUAGGCCUGUAGUAAGGCAGGUCCUCACCAGACAUCACCGGCAACAUCGUCGCCUAUGGGCACAAACCCACCGUCGCUGGACCAAACAGGACUGGCAAAAAGUGCUCUUCUCUGACCUGUCGCGGUUUCGUCUCACCAGGGAUGAUGGUCGGAUUUGCGUUUAUCGUUGAAGGAAUGAGCGUUACACUGGGGCCUGUACUCUGGAGCGGGAUCGAUUUGGAGGUGGAGGGUCCGUAAUGGUCUGGGGCAGUGUAUCACAGCAUCAUCGGACUGAGCUUGUUGUCAUCUCAACGCUCUGUGUUACAAGGAAGACAUCCUCCUUCAUGUGGUAACCUUCCUGCAGGCUCAUCCUGACAUGACCCUCCAGCAUGACAAUGCCACCUGCCAUACUGCUCAUUCACUGCCAUGGCCAGCGAAGAGCCCGGAUCUCAAUCCCAUUGAGCACGUCUGGGACCUGUUGUAUCGGAGGGUGAGGGCUGGGGCCAUUCCCCUCAGAAAUGGCUGGGAACUUGCAGGUGCCUUGGUGGAUGAGUGGGGUAACAUCUCACAGCAAAAACGGGCAAAUCUGGUGCAGUCCAUGAGGAGAUGCACUGCAGUACUUAAUGCAACUGGUGGCCACAGCUGAUACUGACUGUUACUUUGAUUUUGACCCCUUCCCUUUGUUCAGGGACACAUUAUUCAAUUUCUGUGGAAUUUGUUCAGUUUGUCUCAGUUGUUGAAUAUUGUUAUGUUCAUACAAAUAUUUACACAUGUUAAGUUUGCUGAAAAUAAACAGUUGACAGUGAGGAUGUUUAUUUUUUUGCACAUAUGUAUUUUGCUCUGGGAAAAGUGUGUGUGUGUGUAUAUAUAUAUACUACCUGUCAAAAGUUUGGACACAACUAAUUACAGGGUUUUUCUUUAUUUUUACUAUUUUCUACAUUGUAGAAUAAUAGUGAAGACAUCAAAACUAUGAAAUAACACAUAUGGAAUCAUGUAGUAACCAAAAAAGUGUUAAACAAAUCAAAAUAUUUUAUAUUUGAUUUUCUUCAAAGUAACCACCCUUUGCCUUGAUUACAGCUUUGUGCACACUUGGCAUUCUCUCAACCAGCUUCAUGAGGCCACCUGGAAUUUCAAUAAACAGGUGUGCUUUAAGUUAAUUUGUGCAAUUUAUUUCUUCAAUGCGUUUGAGCCAAUCAGUUGUAUUGUGACAAGGUAGGGGUGGUAUACAGAAGAUAACCCUAUUUGAUAAAAGACCAAGUCCAUAUUAUGGCAAGAACAGCUCAAAUAAGCAAAGAGAAACAACAGUCCAUCAUUACUUUAAGACAUGGUCAGUCAAUCUGGAAAAUUUCAAGGACUUUGAAAGUUUCUUCAAGGGCAGUCUGAUUUAUUUAUAAUUCAAGGCACACUUAACCAGCAUGGCUACAACAGCAUUCUGCAGCGAUACGCCAUCCCAUCUGGUUUGCGCUUAGUGAGACUAUAAUUUGUUUUUCAACAGGUCAAUGAACCAACACACCUCCAGGCUGUGUAAGGGCUAUUUGACCAAGAAGGAGAGUGAUUGAAUGCUGAAUCAGAUGACCUGGCCUCCACAAUCACCUGACCUCAACCCAAUUGAGAUGGUUUGGGAUGAGUUUGAUCGCAGAGUGAAGAAAAAUCAACCAACAUGUGCUCAGCAUAUGUGGGUACUCCUUCAAGACUGUUGGAAAAGCAUUCCAAGUGAAGCUGGUUGAGAGAAGGCCAAGCGUGUGCAAAGCUGUCAUCAAGGCAAAAGGGUGGCUACUUAAAAUAUAUUGAUUUGUUAAGCACUUUUGGUUACUAAAUGAUUCCAUGUGUGUUAUUUCAUAGUUGAUGUCUUCACUAUUAUUCUACAAUGUAGAAAAUAGUCAAAGAAAAACCCUUGAAUGAGACCGUGUGUCAACUUUUGACUGGUACUGUAUAUAUAUUUUUUCCGGUGAUUUUAAUAUGAAAUCUGUUCCCAAGCAUAAUAGAGACACAUGAUUGUAUACAAAUGUAAGCAAGGUUUGAAAUGAUAGGUUUGUCUAAAACAAUCUGUUUGGGCUUCUUGCGGUCAAUUUGCAGUCUACAAAUUAUUAGUAUUUAUGUUCCGGCCCCCUGAACAUUUACUCAACAAAAAAAUAGUCCCGCAGCUGAAUCUAGUUGAUGAUCCCUGCUGUAACCUAACUACGGAAUUCUAAUGUAUAAUUUAAUACGAUUCCAGCAAGUGUAGGAAGGAAUGUUGGGAGAUUUGGAACAGACUUGAACCAUCUCUCAUCUGUGCACAUUUGCGUAUCCCUGCAAUGCCAAUGUGCCUCCCCUGUGUUAUUGCUUCCAUUUUGAAAUGCAUCUACAGCUAUCUAUGCCUACUAUUUCAUAUCAACACUUAUUCAGGGGGGCAAAUUAUGCUCUUCACCAGCAAUAUGUUUGUAUUGAAUUCUAGUGAUCUCUUUUUUUAACCAUCUAAGAUGGUCGACAGGGUGCUGUAUUUGCUUGUGUACUAGAACAGUGUUAGUGUUGUGACCAUAGCUAGAUUUGCAGAUUAUGAAUCAUUUCCCCUCUUCUGUGUGUUUUUGUGCUCCAUUUUGUAAUGCUGCUAAGUUUUUAUUAAAUGUGCAACUAAUUGGAUAGGAUUGUAGAUAUCCCCUGUAGAUGUCUCCUCUACAAUUCUGCCAGCGGAUUAUUAGCAGAUGGUUCAGAGCUGUGUUAUACUGUACUUGAAAUGUGAUCAAGGAAAUGUCCCUCUGUGCUUCUCUUGUUCUGAAUGGACUUUCAAUAGGUGUCAGUCCUGCAGUUAUCAUGUUUUAAAAAAAUAUUUUUUAUAAAAGUAAUUUAUAAUGAA